GGUGUUCUAGUUCGUUUUGUCCUCGUACCGAUCAAUGGUCAUCUCGUUUCGCCUCACAAAUUCGAAAUUUAUUUCGUUCGCCGUGAUACAGUACAGUACGAAGUGGCAACACCGUUCGCAACGCUCCGGUGACUCCUCUGUCUCAUACUGUAAUUACAACCCGAACCAACGAACCCUACUCUAUGGAACUCUUAUCGUCAAAUCGAAAGUGACACACAAGCAGGUCGUGUCACCGUUCGGUACCGGGGAUUGACUAGGUCCUAUUGUCCAGUGAACAACAAAUUGCAGGGGGCUCCUGUACACGACUGUUUUCAAUAGUAGAGCACGGUACUUCACUGGAAGACUCGUACAGUCUGCCGCGAGUAUCCACUCCCUUCCGGCACCGGCGACAAUGAUCUCACAGCUUUCGGAACUUUCAACAAUGCAUCCCCAGCUUUUGAGAAAACUGAGCAAGCCCUCCAAGGUCGCCUCGAUCCUGGACUGGAAAAAGGCCUCUGACAACACCGUUCUCGCGCUGAACAUCCACAAGAACCGCGUGGGCAUUGCGGUGGCCUCCCACCCCUCCCUCGGAAUACCGUGCAUCGAGCUCGAUCCCCUGCGAUUCGACGACAGCCACGGCAACCGGACGAACAUUUCCAGAUCGAUCGAUCGGCACUGCCUCGAACGAUUCUCGGACAUCAUCGAGGACUACAAGGUGCGCAGGCAGCUUUCUUGGUUGGAUCAAACCCGUGCGCGGGUGGAUUCGUUGCCGGCGUUUUUGCGUUUUUGCGCUUCUGACACACUCUCGUUCUUUUUGUGGGUUCCGAUUGCAGGUCUGUGGCGUUGUCGUCAACUGGCCCCUCCAGCACGACACCGGACGAAUGGGUGCCGCCUGUGGCCGGGUCAUAUUUGCGCUCGAGCAGCUCGUGGAACGGAGCAACGAGAGCACGGUGGACAUCGCCGAGGAACGAUUGGUCGGUGGAAACGCMGCUGCCAACGACGCCAAGGACCACGAUGGGGUCGGCAUCUUGUCGAGACCCUUUUGUCUGUGGGACGCCGGGCACAUCGAUGUCAAGCAGCGGGCGGAUCCCUCCAAGAGGGUGGACGCCUUUGGACGGUGCGCCUCCUACGGCAGGGAGGCGCGGGAGCCGCCCGUCGCCCGCGGGCAGGAGCGCCGCGACAACGAAAACGAAAACACGUACUUUGCUUCCAAGGAACAGUACUACGAGGACGAGCUCACCGUGGUGCUGGGUGUCUGGGACGACUUUUGCCGGGAACACUGGCCGGACCUGUACGAGACACGGGGCGGCAACGCCGAGGGCAUUCUCGGGAAGGCGGACGGGGCCCACCAAGCGCCGGCGUCGCCUUCGAACGACUACGGGGAUUCGGAACCGGCGACACCGGAGAAACUACCGAUCCGGGUGUCGUCGCCGAGGCUCCAAAACAUGGCGAAGAUGAAACAAAAGAAGUGCCUGAUCACCAUGCGGUGAAACGAACGAGCAGGCAAGACCAUAGAGGGAUUACAUCACACCACACCACACCACACCACAUCACGACACACCACGACACACAACACACCAAUCACGUAGACCGCAAACUGUACCAUACUGCACACACUCAACUUUUAAAAAGAACACAAUAGAAGGGACUACUAUUA